GAAGGAAGCUUGGAAGUAGCAUGUGCUGUCGUGGCAAGGGGAUGCUGACUCAGGGAGGGGCAGGAGCCAGACAGCCCCGUCAUCACGGGACAGAAGGUGUUUCCAACUCUGCAGAUUGGCCCAGGCACUGCUGAGCCUUGGCAAGGCCGGUAUAAAAGCUGUGCCUCUGCCAGUCUCUCCCAACCACCACUCUGGUCGCCUCCUCCUCCAGGAACAGGAGCACCAUUCCAUUGCACACCAAGAUGUCUUGCUACGACCUGUGCCCACCAAGAACCGGCGUUGCCGUCCCCCAGCCCAUCGCUGAGAGCUGCAACGAGCUGUGCGCCCGCCAGUGCCCCGACUCUUCAGCCUUCAUCCAGCCACCGCCUGUGGUUGUCACCUUCCCCGGCCCCAUCCUCAGCUCCUUCCCCCAGCAAGCCGUGGUGGGCUCCUCCGGAGCACCCGCCUUUGGGGGCAACCUGGGGCUGGGAGGCCUCUACGGUGCUGGGGCCACUCAGGCCUCGGGGGGUCUCUGCACCUUUGGCAGACCCUACGCUCCUGCCGCCUGCAGCCCUCUGGCUCUGCCCCGCUACAGCCAGAGGCUGUGGGACACCUGUGGGUCCUGCUAA